AAGAAGAAACAUAAUAGAUCGAAGCGACGUCAUCACAGUUCGAGUAGCAUGGAUCACUUGCUUCACGACUCAAGUUCUGAACACCGAUCAGCGAUGGAAAAUAAGGCGAGCAAAAAGAUUAAAGUACCAGCAACUGCGAAAAAAAGCGACACAGUAUUUGCGGAUGGCAAAUCUACGAAAGAUGGAUACGAAUGCCGGCUACGACAGCGUUCCAAUUCAUCUACAUCACUGUCAAGUAUUUUUAGCAGCAGUGGGGUAAAAUGUGUAGAAAAAGUCAUAGAGACUGGGGGGAUACAAGAGUUAAUCGGAAGUGGAAAUGAGAUGCAACUACAGGAGGUCAGCUUCCAGUAUGUCCCGUGUCGUCCUGGAACAGCACCUUUAAACAGAAAGCACCUGUUCACAGCGGCACACCAUGGAGAUAACACGUUCGAUAAGUCGCCAAGUAAGCUUCGACUCCAUUUGAAAGCACCAGUGGAUGUGAGCCAGUUACUUAAAAAGGUACCUACUGGAAGCUAUAUUACAAUAGACAGCCCAGGUGCGAAUGUACCCGAACGAGAGGUCACUGUGGCGAUGGUGCUAGUGGACAAUCUUAGAUCAGAAGACGGAAGAGGGACAAAUUGUUCCUCUGCACAAGAAAUACCGAGUGCCAUGGCCUCUCAUACGAAUCGUGAACAAGCGGAAGAUACUCAAAUUGGGGAUUCACAGGAUUUGUCCAUAUUAGCACCUGAAGACUGUGGCGCUGAUGAGCACACCUCAGCUAAUCAGCUACAGUCUGACGUUGACAACGUAGAUACGCAUCGAAUGGAAACUUCGGAGGUCACUACAACCGAUCUUUCAACCACCAAGCCUCACUCUCCUCACAAAGACAGAUGUUGUAACGGUGAGUGUUGGAUUUGCCAGUUAUCAACUAUUAAAGUCAUACAGUACACUCAAGGGUUAGACAGUUGUGGAGAUUUACCGAACCCUGAAAACAGUGAAAAUGUUGUAGAUACUCCUAAUUCUGUAAAAUCUGCUGUUAAUGAAGAUGAAAUUACGGCUUCUGCCAAUGUUCCAACUAAUGUGGUGCAGGGAGUUUCAUCAGUAGUUUCUAGAACCCCGGGAACGGCUCAGUAUUCUGGCUCAAAUGAAAGAUUACCGUUACCGGAACCCACCCCAAUAGGUGACGUGCCCCUGCAGGAGUACCAUAUCGAAGACAUUGUUUUGCCAUCAACACAGAACGAAGUUACCGCACUCGAAUCUAGGGAAUCAUGGUCUACGAAUCCUACACUUUAUCGCACAACUAUGGUAUUACGACUUUAUCCAGAUGGGAAUAGAUUAAGUGGAAAUAACAGCAGCAGUUCCAGCGGCGGGGAAAGGAUGAACGAAAGUAGUGGAACAAGUAAGGAAGUCGUCUCAGAAGAACAAAAGCCGCCUCAAAUGGCAGAUUAUGAUGCGAAUUCCAGCCAUUGUGAGGAAACGAAUAAGACUGCACCAUUGCCGACAGUAGACGAUGAAAGUAAGGGGGAUGAGGGGGAUGAUGUUGGUAAAAUGUCUACAGAGAUUAUCGAUAUAUUCCGUAAGUACAAGCGAAGGUCUCAGAGAAGAAAUAAAUCAUCUAUGGAAGGAAUUCAUGAAACAAGGAUUAUGGAUGGGCUUACCUCCUAUACUGGUUGCGCAACGGAAAGUGAUGUUUCCUUGAUACCAGGCGAAGAGGAAGGUGUACCAGAAUCAGCUAACACUCAGUCGUUUGCUUCAGGGGAAGACAUUCUAACAAGCGAAAACCAAGGAACGAAAUGUACAGAAACGAGCGAGGAAGGCGGAAGGAAUUUUCUUUCUUGCGAGGAUGGUAAAUCAACCCUCAAAAGAUUCAGUCUAGAAUAUGACAUUCUGUCUAAAGUAAUGCUAUACGCUACUCUUCGGCAACUAGAAAUGAACUCGACGUCUGUGGCCAGAACUGCAGGAGUACAACCUUGCGCGCAGAACAAGAUUUGCGGCGGCAGCGGGCCGAAUUACAUGGGAGAUGCAUUUCAGCCCUCGCUGGACAUGGAAGUGGUGAGGAGCCUUAUGCAGCUACAAAAUAGUCAGCAUAAGUACACUAGCACUAAGUCUACGUGGACAGGACCUGAAGAAAUUAAUACUUCACCGACUGAACAUUCUGCAUCCUCACAAGCACUACCGAUCACCUUCGAAGAGGAAUCGAGCCGUGAAACUGGAGACACCAAAGAACGUCAGCAAUCGGUUCCUGAUGCGGACGGAGGCACCAUUGAGGCGAACGUUUCAAAUACACAGCUGCUGACUGUCACUUCCAAAACUGAAAAGAACUGUAGCAUGUUGUGCACGAAGGGCUCCGUCGCUCGAGACGAUAGAACACCAAAUGUCGUUGAGGAAGUGACGUGCAAUGAUAUGGAGGGAGAAAGCGUUGCUGAUUCUCAGGAUAUGCGAGAUCUAGAAGCAAUAGAUUUUUCAAGUAGCAGCGUCUCGUCAAACGCAACGAAAAGUCAACGAAGCAAUAAUGCCGAAACACACAAAACAGCUUCAGUCGAAGGCAGCGUGAAAGAACAAAAGUUGUGUUCUGUCGAAGUUAGAAACAAAGUGCAUCAUCCUGGCGGCGAACCUCAGCAGAGAAACAGACCGAAAAGACCUCAAACACGAGACAGAAUUUUGUCUGCAAGAGAAGUGUACGAACGGAGGAAAACGUAUGCAAAAAAUUUAGCUCUGCGUCGCACUCAAAGAACUAAAUUUUGUGGCGGCUCCGAAGACGGAGAAAUUCGCAGUACUCUUGACGAAAAUCAGUCGGCUUCAGAAGAAAAGAGCACUGGAGAAUCAUCACAUAAGGAGUAUCCUUCAAGAAACAAGAAAAGUGCAGAUGGGUAUCAAUCUGCAGACAGCGUUAAGCGGAUAGAAGCUGGAAAUGAAAGUGUAUCGUCAAACAAAGAGACCACAGUUAAGAACUUCAAACACACGACCGACAAGCCUAGAGCAGGGACUCGACCGGAGGCUGUCAGGGCAGGAAAAGGUGAGUCUUCCUGUAGCACGAGUAGCACCAAGAACAAAAGUGCUGCGUCUAGCGUAAAGGACAGAACAGUUUACGGCAAUAGGGGCCUCAGAAGUGACUCGAAACUACCCGGAGCGAGAGAGAGAAGUGUGAGAACAAAUGUCAUAGGACAGCAGAGAAGAGGUCCUGUAAAAGAAGUAGACAAAGAAAGUGCCAAUAUUGGGCGAUCCUCUGCUAGCUCGGACCAUUCAGGUGGAGCGUCUGGCGCCAAGCGCACACCAGGGAGUAUCGCAGCCAACGCGGGGAAUGGGAGGAAGCUUUUUGGGAUACACGGACACGGGUUGAAGAGUACCACUGUGAAUGAUUCUGCAGUACGAGCGCCUACGCCGAGCAAGCAACGAGGUCUUACAGAGAAACAAUCAAACAAACAUCUCGACAGUAAAUCCUCGCUGCUGAAGUCUGUUGAGUUCGACUGUUUGGAAAUAAUUGAUAAGCCUUCUCUGUGCGAGUCGUGGGUGAAGCAACACUAUAGUGACUCGACUCUUGGCAGUAUAUGUGGCAGUAGUUCUGCAGAAACGACGGUCAAAACCACAAUACACUCAACGAACAAGUCAGGCACAGAGCUGAAAGUAUCCAGAAAUCCAGCAGUCAGUUGCGAGAAAACUAUAACAGCUAACGAAUCGCGUGAAAGACUUAAUAGAAAAGCAAGAGGCGGGUCAGAAGGCAAAGCAUCUACACCACCAAAUCAGCAAACUUCGUUGCCUUCAGAAAAGCGGAAGGUCAGUAGACAAACAGACGAGGAGAAGAUACUUCCAUCUGGAGACUCUGAGAGGUUGAUGAUAUCUUUCCGAACGGAUACUAUACCUCUACUGACAUACAAACCGCAGAAAUUGUCUUCGGAUGACCUGAAAUCUGCACAUUCAGCUCACAGUCGGGAAUCGCGUUCAGAAAAGCGUUCGCAACUGUUACUCGAUUCACUGCAUACACAAACUGCUGGUUUGCCGUCGAGUCAAACAGAUGUGGGUGACGUAAGAAAAAUAGCUGAACUGUUGGGUAGCAAAUUAGACGAGGAUACACGCAGCAAUCUACACUUACCAGAGAUGAAUUAUUCAACGGAAAAUGUUACUGAAACACUUGAACUUCGGAAGACAUUGUCUUAUGGCAAUAAAACCACUGCAACUCAAUCCAGCCCUCCUUCAGUGCCUGAUAGGAAGUCUGUAGCCACGUCGCCCAUGCCGCUGCGUAAACAUAGUCGGCAAAUGAGUCUGACUGUUGAAGCUUUUUCCUUUUGCAGUACUGGUGUCAAUACGUCCCUCAGCGUGAGUCGUCUUUCAUCGCACUCACUGGGUGUGCAGUGUCCAUCCCAAGCAAUCUCGAAACGGCCCUCAGCCACGACAGGCCUUCUUCAGUCUAUAAUUGAGGCUGAAGUGAAACCAGAAACCCAUGUCUACGCAGCCACAGGCAUGCAUGCGAUGCUCACUGAGGUCGCGACGAAACUGGAGAGUCAGCUAUUGGUUCAGAGGUCUGUAGCAACCCAAUGGAUGCGUCGUGCUUCAGUGCCGAAUCUUGCCUUGAAAUCACCCGGCCCGAAAGUCAAGAAAACAGGGAAACGAAAGAAACGAGACUCUUCGAAUAAGGGGCAGGGAGCUACAUCACCCCAGCCUCAAUUGGUGGAGUACGAUCUGGGGUUAAACGAGGUCCAGAUGGAGAACGUGCGCGCGCUACACAAACGGCGGCUAUUUCGGGCUUUCUCCACUAACAGCCUCGCACUUGGCACCAACGAGGAGAGUACUAAAAAGGUAAUGAGGCGACUGUUCAGAAAGAAGAAGAAAAAGAAGCAGAAGUCGGACAGUACUGAAGGCAAAAGUAAGGGCGACAAGAAGAAGAAGAAGAAGAAGCAGGAGGAGGAGCAGUCCCAGGAUUCAGCAACGGUCAGCGGCAGUGGCGGCGCUCACAGUCCGACCGCUGCAGAGGUGGCGAUCGGAGGCGACGACAACGUGGAGGCCACUACGGAUAGGUCCAACAAGAGCAGCCGCUCGCACUUCGACAAUCUGUCCGACGCCACAGGGGGACUGAGGACAAACCUCCAGCACAAGCUAAAAGAAGCUGUUCAGAAGGCUGUGAGUCCGCGGAUGCUGCUGCUGAGGGGAGCGGAAACGGCGCAGAACCCUGCGCUCUUUGAGGACCUGGAGGGCGGUUCUAACUGGUGCAGCGAGCACAACAGGGCGCCGGAGCAGGGGGGCGCUGAAGCAGACGCCGACGAGGUCUCUGCCGCGGUCGCACAGGUGAACACGGGCGCCCACGUGCUACGCGUGUCUCUGGCUGACGAAGAGUCGACGGGCUGUUCGGACUUGGGCUCGAUGGAGUUCGUGGUGGGAGGAGCGGACGCCGGCCGCCAUCCCGUGCCGACUCCAUCUGUGCUGGCGCGGCUGCGGCAGAUGCUGACGUGGCGCAGCUGACGGGGCAUGUGCACUGCAGCUUCAGCCCGAGGCAGCUGGCAGCUGCCUCACUAGCUACAGUUAACAACCGUUGCUAAGCCGAUGAUUACCUCCUCUGUCACCUGACGUGGCGAUAUGAUCAUACAAAAGGAAAGUAGGGCUGGAAUAAAAUUUAACGAGGUCCAUUACAUUCCGUUUACACUGAUAGAAGCCUCGAUAAGCUGUCUGAACCUCUGUUACCCACAUGGUGUGAAGUUUCGACUAAAUUUUUAAUCCUCGUUGACAGAUUCUUAGGUCGUUCAAAAUAAGUGUCUGUACUUCUGGGAGUAGUCACUACAUUAAUUUGCAAAAUGAAUUUAUCUCAAAUUAAACUUUUUGAUUGCCCUGUCUGACGUAGUUGUAAGCGCUUACAUAAAUUACAAGUUAUGCGUUGAAAUUUGAAAUUUCCUGAUUUUAAUAAAAAAUUAUCUCAUUGCUAA